AUGGCAAUACCCAAUUUCAAAGAUUACUUUUAUGCAGCCCAAGUCCAGCAGGUGGCGCAACACGUGUCACAGAAACAGCACGAGAAGAAAGAUCAGCUCACAGUUUCAACAGCAAUGUCCGUCAUGAUGGUGCAGGUGGAUGUGAUGUGCUGUAAAUCAGUAGGAACUGAUCUGUCUAUGCUGGAUAUUGAUGAUUUGAUGACAGAAAUCUGUCAGCUGAAGAAAGAGGUGAAGUUACUGGAGACAAAACUCAGAGAGAGAGACCAACUCAACAGAAAGGAUGUAUGUGGUGUUUCUCUCUGUGAUCAAACAUCUCCAGAUCUUCUGCUUUCUGUCUGUAAUGAAGAGCAGAAGACAUCAGUGAAGCUGCUGGACUGUGAGAUGGAGCUGAAAACACAAAUCAAAGAAGAACAGACAGAUGAAGAUGAUGUGUUUUAUUCUGACCUGAUGGAGGUGAAGGAGGAAAAACCUCAUCAUCUCAUAAUUGGAGAAGAAUCUCUGAGCUGCUUGAACACUGAACAGAAUUUCUCACCAAAAAUGAGUCAAAUAGCAGCAACAGAUAAAAAAGUGUCUUGUACCUGCCCUCAGUGUGGAAAGAUCUUCACUCGUAAAUCCAAACUUAAUAGACACAUAAAAAUUCACACUGGAGAACGGCCGUACAGAUGUGAUCAGUGUGGAAUGACCUUCAGUCGUAACUUCCACCUUCAGAGACACAUGAAAAUUCACACUGGAGAAAGAUCUUAUAAAUGUGACCAGUGUGGAAGGACCUUUACUCGUAAAGACCACCUUAAUGACCACAUGAGACUUCACAAUGGAGAAAAGCCUUACAGAUGUGAUCAGUGUGGAAUGACCUUCAGUCGUAACUUCCACCUUCAGAGACACAUGAAAAUUCACACUGGAGAAAGAUCUUAUAAAUGUGACCAGUGUGGAAGGACCUUUACUCGUAAAGACCACCUUAAUGACCACAUGAGACUUCACAAUGGAGAAAAGCCUUACAGAUGUGAUCAGUGUGGAAAGAUGUUCUUUUAUAAAGCCAUGCUUCAAGCUCACAUGAGACGUCACACAGAAGAGAAAUCUCAAAACUGCUCCUCAUGUGAACGGAGUUUUAAAUAUUCGAAAUGUCUUGAGACUCACAGGAAGAAGUGUUGUAAAGUUCAUCCACAUGAAACUGUUUGGAUCAGAAGAUCCCUGAGAUCAUCUGCAGUAACUUAGUGAUGGAGUUUGUCUUUGACCUUCACUAAAUUAAGUUGUAAACAUAGGUUGGGGAGGAGCCUAAACAUUCAGUCAUGUCAAUCAUCAUGAGGGCGUAUAUAAGCGGCAGUCUCCAUGCCGCCCCGUGAGCUCUUCCGGCAUCCCUCCUCCCCAUCUCUUAUUUUUCUCUCAUUUUUCCUCUUAGAACUCUCAGUUCGAGCCCCUUCAAGGACAGCAAGCCAAGUUUGUGUUUACCGUUAUCUGUUAGACUGAAUGGGCAGACGAACUCCCGAAAGGUUUUCUUUUCAAACAAUGUAAUAAUUCAGCAAAAGCAUUUCAUAGGAAUGUUAAUAUUUGAUCAGUGUUUUGAAUUUAUUUUAUCAAGGACUACUUGUUGGUCAGCCAUAGGCCAAUAAAUACGAGAUUUGUGCAGUUUUGUGACCUUGUAAAGUUGAAGUGUUUGUGUUUACUGAUGAUCAAAGAUGCAGCUCAUCUGAUUUACAGUCUGGAGUGAAACCUGUUAUUACACAAUGAGACAUAUUAUAUGAGAGUAAUACAAGUUUAGUCUAGAGUGAUGGGUGAAAUUUCCUGGAACUGUGUAUUUAAAGAAUUUAAGCGAAGAUGUUUCAUGUAUUUCUCUGUUUGUCACCUUUCAAGCCUAGGCUGGGAAGGGGUCGAGGCCUGUAAGUUUGCGCUUAAAUGGGUCUUUCUGUAUGUCUGAUGACAUUAUUCUAAGAAAAAAACAUACAAAUAUAUUUUGAAGUUGAAUCUUUAUUUCAGUCUCACCGUAACCAGCAGACAAAUCACAAAAAAACAGCAGCUGUAAAUGUUUUUAAGUGUGAAUAAAACCGUUUACA